CGCCUGUCCCAGUGUCCCCUUUGUUGACGCCUUUGACAAACAGCCGCACGCUUCCAAAGCUUGUCCUGUUGCCAUCACCUUAAUCUGCCUCCCCAUAGCUGCUCGACUCCUAGUCCUAUAUAUACACAGCAAAGCCCUGUUCAUACAGCCACCACCAGCUCAACUGCCUCAACAUCACCUGCAACGAACAACAACCGAGUCAUCAGAGAGAGAUUAGCUGCCAUUUGCGACGAUGAUCAAGCUGAGGUGCCCCAACCCCAAGAGGCUCUUCAGGAGGAGCUCCUCCAAGAUCAGCAGGUCUGGCAGCAGCUGCAGCAGCAGCGACGCCGGCAGCGAUUCCUCCAGUGGCAUCCGUGGCGGCGGCGGCAGCGGCGAGAUCGAGUGGGAGGUGCGGCCAGGGGGCAUGCUGGUGCAGAGGAGGGAUGGGAGAGGGGACGCCGAGGUCAUCACAGUCAGGGUGGCCACCGGCUACUCCUGGCACGAGGUCUCCAUUGGAGCUACCUGCACCUUUGGUGAGCUGAAGGUGGUAGUGUCCAUGGUGACGGGGCUGGAGCCGAGGGAGCAGAGGCUGCUGUUCAGGGGCAAGGAGAGGGAGGACAGCGACCACCUCCACAUGGUUGGGGUGAGGGACAAGGACAAGGUGCUGCUCCUAGAAGACCCUGCCCUCAAAGACAUCAAACUCCGGGCUGCGCUUGCGGGCCAAGCCGUGCAGAGCCCGUAUCAGAAUUUUAUCAAGGUGUAGGCCGGCCUGCCUCGCCCACGUCGCUAACAGUUAGGCUAAAUCAAAUCAAUCACACUAUCAUCGAGCGAGUCUCGGAAAAGUUGUUAAAAAAGGCUUAUUUGGGAACUUGAUGCAUGCUGUGGUUCGCUGCUGUUGAUCACUAGUACUACUUGAGUACCACUCCAUGAAAUGGAAGGGCAAAGGGCCUCCUCGUGUGAGAGUUAGAGUACUAGUACCAAAUUUUAAUUAUGAAUUGCAUGACUGUGAAGUUUGUAGUCAUUUGCAAGUUUUAAGUUAUUUCUUUUUAGAUACUGUAAGGGCUAUUGGGCUAGCCUCCGAGAGUUGCAAGUCUAAGUGUUGGAUGUCAUGCAUGUUAACAAGUUAGAUAGGAGAGUGCAAGCUGAGAUGGUGCCUCUGGCAUAGUGUGUGCUAAAUUGCUAGUUUGUGAGAGGCAAUUCUGUUGUGGAUAAGAUGUAUCAAUGUGUCUUGAGGCGACCUCACACUUGAGUUGUG